AUGGAUAGGAUACAAGAACAAAAUAAUAAAAAGCGAUCACUUCAUAAUGAACAAGAACCUUCAAGUAUAGAUAUAGAAAGUACAACUGAUGAAUUUAUUGAUGAAGAUAUACCUAAUGAUAAUAAAACCCAGAGAUUAACUAAUGAUUUAACAAGUUAUGAAGAUGCUUCAAGUCCAGAAGUUAUAGAUAUUACUGGAGAUGAUGUAGAAGAAGAUGAUGACGAGGAAGAUGAUGAAGAUGAUGAAGAUGAAGAAGACGAGGAAAUAGAAAAUUUAGGGAUGGAUGAGGAAGUACAAAUUGUUGAUAAUAAUGGUAAUUUAAUUGAAAUUGUAAAUGAUCAACAAAAUACCAAAACAAAUGGUACACAAUCAAAUAAAGGAUUUCCAUUAGCUAAUGAAUUUGAUGAAUUAUCCAAAAAGUUAUUAAAACCAAUACCAGAUUUACCAACGAAAGAUGAAACGUAUAUGGUGUGGGAAAUUAAAGAUUGGGCUCUGUUGGUUAAAAAUGAAAAAGUACGAUCACCAACUUUUAGUUGUGGAGGAUUUGAAUGGAAUAUAUUGUUAUUCCCGAAAGGAAAUAAUCAUAGUAAUAUGUUAUCGGUUUAUAUGGAACCACAUCCACCAAAAGAUGAAGAUGAUAAACCAAUUGAUGAAAAUUGGUAUGUUUGUGCACAAUUUGGAUUAGAUUUUUGGAAUCCAUUACAUCCAGAAGCUCAUUUUCCAAAUCAAAGUUCUCAUAGAUUUAGUAAAGAUGAAACUGAUUGGGGUUUUAGUGCAUUAAUAGAUUUAAGAUCUUUGACUUCAGCAAAAAAUUUAAAAACUCAACCUUCAUUGUUUCCAAUAUUAGAAAAUAAUCAAUUAAAUAUUACUGGGUUUGUAAAAGUUAUUGAUGAUUCUUCAACUGGGGUACUAUGGCACAACUUAAACAAUUAUGAUUCAAAAGUAAGUGCUGGGUUUGUUGGGUUAAAUAAUCAAGGUGCUACUUGUUAUUUGAAUUCAUUGUUACAAAGUUAUUUCACAACAAAAUUGUUUAGGAAAUUGGUUUAUCAAAUACCUACAGAAAAUAGUAAAAAUGCAAAAGUUGCUUUAGCUUUACAACGUAUUUUUUAUUUACUUACAAAUUCAAAUGAUCCCGUGGGUACGAUGGAAUUAACAAAAUCUUUUGGUUGGGAUUCUUCAGAUGCUUUUACACAACAUGAUGUACAAGAAUUAAAUCGUAUAUUAAUGGAUAAAUUGGAAACUGCAAUGAAAGGAAGUGAAAUAGAAAAGGGAUUGAACGAUAUUUUUGUUGGUAAAAUGAAAUCAUAUAUAAAAUGUGUUAAUGUACCUUAUGAAUCUUCAAGGGUUGAAGAUUUUUGGGAUAUACAAUUAAAUGUUAAAGGUUGUAAAAAUUUAGAACAAUCCUUUAAAAAUUACGUAGAAAUUGAAAUGUUGGAUGGAGAAAAUAAAUAUCAAGCUGGUGAAGAAUUUGGUUAUCAAGAUGCUAAAAAGGGGGUAGUGUUUGAAUCAUUUCCACCUGUAUUACAUUUACAACUUAAAAGGUUUGAGUAUGAUUUUAUGGUUGAUGAUUUAGUUAAAAUUGAUGAUUUUUAUGAAUUUCCUGACAAAAUUGAUUUAGCACCAUUUCUAGAUGAAGACCUACCAACCACCGUCAAAAAUGAAAACUGGACAUAUAAAUUACAUGGGGUUUUGGUACAUCAAGGAACAAUCUCAAAUGGUCAUUAUUAUGCAAUGAUUAAACCAAAUUCUAAUGGUGGUUGGUUAAGGUUUGACGAUGAUAAAGUUUGGAAAGUUACACCCACAGAAGUAUUUAAUGAAAAUUUUGGAGCUGCAGAAAUACCAAGAGCUAAACAAGUUACAAUGUCAAGAAGUGAACAAACAGAACAUAUGCUUAGAAGAGUUACGUCUGCUUAUAUGUUGGUUUAUUAUAGGGAAACCGAGUUGGAUAGUAUAUUACCAGAAGAUUUUGCAACUGAGGUGGUUCCAAAACAUAUUUCAAAUCAAAUUAAAUUUGAAUUGGAAGAAAAACAAAGAUUGGAAAAGGAAAGACAAGAAGCUUUGUAUUAUUGUAAUGCAAAAGUUAUAACUGUUGAUACUAUAAAUAAUAAUUUGGGUUGUGAUUUAUCACUAGAUGCAACUUUAGAUAGAUCUUUUGAAGAGAAGCUUGUGGGGACUUUAUGUGAUCCAAAGACUUUUAAAGUUAAAAAGGAUUCAAAAUUUUCAGAGUUGGUUUCGCAAGUGGGUGAGUUUUUAGGAUAUGAAGACUCAAAAGGUUUUAGAUUAGUGGUUACUUGUCAUCGUAAUAAUCAUACCAACAGAUUAGAUGUCCCAGUUAAAGAAGAUUAUAAUGAAGUUGCAAUUUUCAACGUUUAUGGGAAAUUAUUUAAUAGGAAGUAUGAUGAAAUGGUUUUUUAUGUUGAAGAAUUGAAUAAAGAUAUUAAAAAUAUUAAUCAACUUACCACCAAUUCAAUGGGUACCACUGACCCAGCAAAUUUUUCAUUUGAUGAAGUAUUCAAUAAAAUCAAAUCAGUUGGCACUGAUUUUUCUGAUGAUAUGCAAUUUAAAUCAAUUGAUGAAUAUUCUGGUAAUAUGACAAUUUUUAUAAAAUAUUUUGAUCCAAUAUCACAAGAAAUUAGAGCUUUGUCGCAUAUAACAGUCUCAACUCAAGAUCAAAUUAAAAGUAUAAUUGAACCAGUAAGAAAAUUAUUAAAUUUUGGGGACACAGUAGAAUUUGAUUUAUUUGAAGAAUUAUCACCUUAUAAACUUGAAAGAUUAGAUCCAAAUAUGAUUUUUGAUAAACACGAAUUAAGUAAUGGAGACAUUAUAACUUUUCAAGUUUCUAAUGUUGAAAGUUUGGCUGGUGAUGCACAAUUCAAAAACCUUAAGGAGUAUUAUAAAUUUUUAGCUACUCGUCAUCGAAUUAGAGUUAAACCUUUUAAUGCAAAUUUAUCAGAUGAAGAUUCAGAUUAUGUUGAUGAAGAAGAACCUCAAAAUGGUCAAGAUAAUGAUGUACAAACUAUUAAAGAAAUUGAAGAAGCCAAAAAAUUAAGUAAAAGUUUUGAAUUAUGGGUUUCUUCUACUUAUAGUUAUCAAGAUUUGGCGUUAGUGUUGUCAAAACAUAUUAAAUGUGAUCCAGAGUACCUUAAAAUAUUUGCUAUUGGUAACAAUGGUACAAGGUAUCCAUUAAAAACCACUUCUUACCUAAGUCAAUUUUUACCAAAACAAGCUUCCAUCAAUAAUGUCUACGAUUUUGAAUAUGAAAUAUUAAACAUCAAAAUAAAAGAUUAUGAAAAUCUCAAAGGUUUUAAAGUUUAUUGGUUUAAUAAUUUAUUACAACUUCAAAUGUUUGAAUUAUUGGUACCGAAAAAUGGUAAUGUACGUGAUAUAAUCAAUAAGUUAUUACAUAAAGUACAAAUACCUGAAUCAAACCUAAAACAUAUUUUAUGUUAUACUGGUUAUAAUCAUAAAUUUGAAGAAAUUUUAAGGUUUGAUAAACCUGUUUUACAUAUUCGAAAUGAAUGUGAAAUUUUCGUAGGUGUAUUUCCAGCAGAAGUUGAAGCUUUGGUACAAAAUGAUAUAAUGAGAAGAUUCGUUGAUGUUGAUGAAAUAAACCCCGAAGAAAUUGAAGAUUCAUUUAUGAAAGAAGAAUACUUAAAAACAGCUGAAAACAUAAAGAAUCUCAAUUUAAUUCCAGCUUUCCAUUUUCAUAAACAUAGUACAAAUCAUCAUGGAGCCCCAUUUAUAAUGAUUAUUUACCCUGAUGAAUAUUUCCCACAAACAAAAGAAAGAUUAAGACAAAAAUUAGGUUUGGGGAGACAAGCAUUUGAUAAGAUUAAAAUAGCAUUAGCUAAUACUCAAGAUAAAGGAGUUUACUUAGAUUUAAAUGAUGAACAACUCAAGAUAUAUGAUAAGACUGGGACUGGUGAAUUAAGUUUAGCUUUGGAUCAUCCAGAUAGAAAUCCAAAACGUCAAUCACAAUUUGAUAAAGGUAUAUCCAUUAAGUAA